UUUGAAGCCGUUGAAAAAGCAAGCCGUCAUUUUUAUUUUCCAUCGUCAAGCAAAGAACGGGCAUCUUGGAGUUAUUGAUCAAAAUCGCUGCUCAACUAUUUGGUCGUCUUCACGAGGAGGAAUGGCUAAGAGUUACUUCAAACAAGAGCAUGAUCUGGAGAAGAGAAGAACUGAGGCUGCUAGGAUUAGGGAAAAAUACCCGGACAGGAUCCCAGUGAUUGUAGAGAAGGCUGAGAGGAGUGAUAUCCCCGGUAUUGACAAGAAGAAAUAUCUUGUCCCUGCUGACCUGACCGUUGGACAGUUUGUGUAUGUUAUCCGCAAAAGGAUUAAAUUAAGUGCAGAGAAGGCUAUCUUCAUAUUUGUGGACAAUGUCCUUCCACCUACAGGUGCAAUUAUGUCUGCAAUAUACGAGGAGAAGAAGGAUGAGGAUGGAUUCCUUUAUGUUACAUACAGUGGCGAAAACACCUUUGGGAAUGUGACCUCUCUCGUCCAGUAGCCUGCUAUCUUAAACUGCAUGAUAAUCCAAUUGCUUUCAUUGGCUCCUGAUAAUCAUAGUCCCAUCAUCGUAUUCAUCUUAUCAAGAACACUGCUUUGAAUGUCAUGUACAGUUAUGCAUAUAAAUACCAAUGGCCUACUUGAUGUUGAAAAUGUUCCCUUUUCAGUCUUCGGAAUUCUAAUAAGCCUUGCUAUUCAUGAAUCAUAAAUAAUACAAUUUAUUUCUUAA